ACCCAACGGAGCUAACUUGAACACGUCCAGUACGGCUGUGUUUGUGCCUGCGAGAAGUGCAAUAUUGAGCUGCGUCUACUUAGUAUAUUGAUCCCCUGAUGGGUUUGAUAAUGUAUAUGUGUGUGGCAGCUGAUAGAAAUGCCUAAGAAGAAACGAGGAGCACACGGUCGCAAAAAACGCUCCCGUGGGGGUACAAGAAAACAUAAAGCUCACAAUGUACAACAUCAGCCCACUACAAAUUUAUACAGCGCGAGCAGUAACAGUUUUAAUGGUGUCUUUGAAGAGUGUUCUUGUGAUGAGUGUAGGGGCGUCAGUACUGCAAGGUACUCUGAGGUGACAGACCAGAGAUAUUCUGAGGUUACUGAACAAAGAGAUUCUGGGGUGACGGACCGGAGAUAUUCUGGGGUGACAGACCGGAGAUAUUCUGGGGUGACAGACCGGAGAUAUUCUGGGGUGACAGACCGGAGAUAUUCUGGGGUGACAGACCAGAGAUAUUCUGAGGUUACUGAACAAAGAGAUUCUGAAGUGACAGAAAUAAAUUCUGAGGUGACUGAACAGAGAUAUUCUGAGGUGACUGAACAAAGUGAUUCUGAGGUGACUGAGCAGAGAUAUUCUGAGGUUACUGAACAAAGAGAUUCUGAAGUGACAGAAAUAAAUUCUGAGGUGACUGAACAGAGAUAUUCUGAGGUGACUGAACAAAGUGAUUCUGAGGUGACUGAGCAGAGAUAUUCUGAGGUUACUGAACAAAGAGAUUCACUGACAGAAACAGAUUCUGAGGGGACUGAACUAAGAAGCCCCGCAGAAGAGGAGGAAAUUACCUAUAUUGAAGACAACCGAGUGUGUUGUGUGUCACGGUCAUACGAUGGUGUCAACGAUAACGUGUUCGCCCUAUUAUCAGAGAGAGUUGCCUCAGUAGAAAAGGACUUGAAAUCUUUGCUGAGAGAGGUGAUGGAUAUCAAAGGAACUGUAAAGGAUGUGGUGCGCCCAAGUGCCAACAGAGAACAAAUUACAGACGUAGGGGUCAUGUGGGCGAGCGGGGAAGGUGGAGAGAGACGGGAGAAAGACAAAGGAGCGGUGGGAGGUGGAAAAGGAAACGAAGAAUGGAGGAUUGGCGGUCCUACAGCACUGGCCGGCGACGCUGAUGGUCUCAACUCUGCCCAGCCUGGAAAUGCUGAUGUUGGACACCAAAAUGGUCUCAGAGAUGUGGGUAACAUGAUGACUGGACAAGAAAAUGGUGAAGGGGAUAGAGCUGCUGCCCUGAAGCGGAGCGUUUCAGGCGAUGUGGAGUUACCAGACGCACAAAAUGAGCCUGCCAUCAAAAGGAGGAAGACGGGGCCGCCACAGCCCAAGAAUCCUAUCAGUACUCUCAAUGAGCUGCGUCCUGGCCUGAUAUACAAGACUCUGGGCAUGGAAGGGCCGUCCCAUGCUCCAGUGUUCACUGUGACUGUAGAGCUCAAUGGUCAGGUUUUCCAAGGUUCAGGGCGCAGUAAGAAGCUAGCCAAACACUCUGCAGCCGAAGCUGCCCUCAGGUCAUUUCUUCAGUUCCGCAAUGCUUCAGAUGCUGCUGAAGCCCUUGGCACUAAUAUUACAGCAGUGCAAGACUUCACUAGUGAUGUGUCUGAACCAGGGUUUGGAACAAAUUCGGCUGUAGGCGAGACGACCCCGUCAAGAACGACUACAAUCACAAUGGACUCCUCUCCAGUGUCCACCAGUCCCACUUCCACAACAGCUCCCUCAGGACCUUCACAGACAUCCAAGAAUCCCAUCAUGCUCUUAAAUGAGUUAAGGCAGGGAGUGGAGUACACGCUGAAACAAGAGUCAGGAGAGCCGCAUGCCAAGACCUUCACUUUCCAAGUUACUGUGGAAGGCCAAUUGUUCGAGGGCACAGGCAACAGCAAGAAAUUGGCCAAGGCAGCAGCUGCUCGUCAAGCCCUUAGCAAGCUGUAUGGAGUUAUUUCUACACCUACAGCAGUUCUUCAUCACACACCCAUCUCCAACAUGCCAAAUAUUCAUAUGCCACAGACAUUAGCUGACAGGGUAGCAAAAAUGGUUUGUGAUAAAUUCUCAGAGCUGACGUCUGGUAAUCCAACCCUUGCCAAGCGAAAGGUUCUGGCAGGUAUUGUGUUGACCAAUGAAAAGGACAUGGAGGAUAUGAAGGUGAUAAGCGUAGCGACUGGCACAAAGUGUAUCAAUGGUGAACAUCUUAGUCUUCAAGGCCAGUGUAUUAAUGACUGCCAUGCGGAGAUUGUGGCUCGUAGAUGUCUUCGUCACUUCCUUUAUUCACAGUUAGGAAAGCUUGCAGAAUCAUAUAAGAAUGGAUCAACUGCAGAAACUAUAUUUGAGCAAUUAGAGGACCAGAAAGGAUUCCGAGUCUGCCCAGAAUACAAAUUUCAUCUUUAUAUUAACACUGCUCCAUGUGGUGAUGCGAGAAUCUUUGCUCCACAUGAAGAAGAAGUUGAUCGAACGGACAGACAUCCUAACAGGCAAAGUCGUGGGUUGCUUCGAACAAAAAUAGAGUCUGGAGAGGGCACAAUACCUAUUAAGGCUAAUGCAGAUAAUAUUCAAACGUGGGAUGGAGUCCUACAAGGAGAACGUUUACGUACGAUGUCGUGUUCUGAUAAAAUUGCCAGAUGGAACAUAGUUGGGCUGCAGGGUUCACUUCUCUCCCACUUCCUUGAACCUAUAUACCUCGAAUCUAUAGUCUUAGGAUCCUUAUUCAGUGCAUCACAUAUGUACAGAGCGGUUUGUGGCAGAAUAGAGCAAUCCGUCCAGGGUUUGCCACCGCCAUUCAAACUAAACCAGCCAAAAAUGAAUCAAGGAAGUUCCACUGAAUCCCGUCAACCACAAAAAGCUCCUACCAUCUCAGUUAAUUGGGAUUGUGAAGGAAACCAGCUGGAAGUUCUUAAUGCAAUGACUGGUAGACAAGAAGGGGAGAACUACUCUAGAUUGUGCAAGAGACGGUUCCUAUCAAAAUUUAUUGACCUUUUGGAUGGUCUCCCAACCUUAACUGAAGUAGACCCAGGGGCGGCUAAGUGUCUCUCAUAUGGCGAAAUCAAAGCUCUUGCCACUAACUAUCAAACCAGUAAGCGAGCAGUUGCAUCUGCAUUCUCCCGAGCAGGACUAGGUCAGUGGAUCAGCAAACCCAUGGAGGAAGACAGUUUCUAUAUAUAAUGCUACCAGCCUGAAACCAUCUUGUUUGAGGACAUCAUGAAAAAACCCUCUCAAAAUUUAACAAGAUGAUGACGAAAUAAUUUUUUUUUUUUUAGCUAAAUGUGUGAAUUUUGAGGAUCGUAUACUCGCCACUGAAUGUGUAGGCCACACUGGCUCGGUCAUAUUUGAUGAAAGUUUCGAAGCAAAUUUUAGAAAUAAUCAAAUAGAGUUGAUAAAUGCAGGGUCCUUGUGAUGCAUUGUCAGUGCAAUUCUUCAAAUAUGUAGCUAAAGUUUCUAUGUAACAAAAUUUUUUAUAUUGAACUUCUUUAAACUUAAGUAUCGUAUCAAAUGUACCUCAUUAGUCCUUUUUUUUAAAGUCGUUCCGUAUAUAUAUUUUUUUUUAGCCGUAUCCUUGUUCCAAACAUGACUUCUCACAGUUUAUAAUUUAACGCUUUUUUUGCUUGCUCAACCCGAGAUACUGAAAUGGUAUUUGGAGCAUAGCCAACCCACUGAGUAUGAAUGGUAUACAGUAGAAAUAGUCCCUAACCUGGAGCUCUCAAAGAGCAGGUUUAUAAAACUAUUUUUAAUGACGGCAAAAAAUAUGCACAACCUAGGUGGUUGGGAUAUCUCAAACAGGUUUGUAAAAACUACUUUUAUUAACUUGUUUGAAAAAUGCACUAGUAGGUGUUGUAUUAUUUUAUCAGAAUCAUGUACAAUAUAUAUAAUACACUCAUUCCUAAACAAAAAUCCCCCAUGUACAAUGUGUAAGUAUGAGAAGUAUGUGGCAUGACUAGGAAUUUGAAAGUUUGUGCUAUUUCACCCACUGAUCUAAAAGUAAGAUUCUUGAGUGGAAUAUCAUACUUGACACACUGAACCUAGACACUUUUUGUGUGUACAUGAUUGGUCUCCUGAUUAUAUAUGUAUGCACACAGAGAAAGGAAAAGAUUCCAUAAUUUUAGGAUUAUCAGAAUUACAAUAAGUGUAGGACCAUCUUUCACUUUUUCAGUGGUUUACGUAGGAACCCAUGCUAAACUCGCAACAUUGCUGGGCCAUGUACAGUAUACUUCAUCCUAGUACUUUAAAACAGUUUAUUUUACAAAGUUAUUGGAUUUGAUUUUGCUCUUACAACCAAGGUUACCAUUUUGAUUAACUAUGUUAAUUACAUUUGUUUUUGUCUGAAGCCAAAUGUGUCUUCAUAUAUUAAGUAUUAGAUGAACCAUGAUCUGUAGGUUACAGUUAAGUUAAUCAUUUUAAGUAUUUCAGGUUAAAAGGGAAUGUCCAUGAUAUGGAUGUUUUUAUACUCCCGAAAGAUACCAUAUUACAUGCUUACAGUUUGUCUUGAGAGAUAUGUUUAUACUGAUAUCAAAGCAGAUUAGAAAAUUUGGGUAUGAUCAGCAGCAUUGCGUUUACAAGGGAAGGAAGGGAGCAAUAAAAGAGGUCACUUAACUGUAUUGCUGUAGGAAUGUUAGAUAUAAAAAUCUUCCAGCCAUUAAACUCACCUUGCAUGUCAUACACUGUUGUAUGGUAUCUUUGUUGUUAUGAAGGCUUAGUUGUUUAAACUGAUAUAUGUUUAGUAAAGAUGAUAAAAUUACAAAUUUUAAUUAUAUUGGAAAAAGCUAGUCUAAAAUGGCCUACAUUCAAGCACAUUUUCAUUUAUUUCCUCAAGAAUUAUUUUGACAGUACAGUAUACACAUUAACAAAUAAGUCUCCAAUGGACAGUUUUGAGGCCUACAGUCCGUCCAGCCAACAUCAGAUACCCAGAGGUCUUGGUUUGCGAGUUUUCACUGUGCAAAUGCAGUGUAUCGGAAUCUUGCAAGACAGCGUUAAUAGCUUGUUUCACAUCAUUGUUUAAAUGAAUGUUUACUACAGUACAGUACUUUGUUAAAAUAGAUAAAUUUAAUAGCAUUUAUUUGGUCUAAUAUGAAGUGGUGUGUCUAUGAAGGUUUGUUUGAAAUGUAGUAAUUACUGUAAUGGUAUAUCAGAGUAUGGUUAAGCUUCAUUGUAAGGUACUGUACUUAGGGCAUAUAUGAGGUGCUCCGGACUGUAAUCUGCCAAGUGCCAACAUAGAGGAAGAAUUUCCAUAUUUAAAUUGCAAUAACUUUUUAACCAUUAAUGAUAUCUGACAAAUUUUUUCUUGCAUAAUGUAGCUAAGGACAUGUAGUUUUAUGCAAUAUAGCAAAAAGUAAUUAUUUUAACAAAAAUAAUUCUAAGGUUAUGGUUUUAAAACUAACUAACUGCUACAAAACAUAUUAUUAUGUUCUCUGAUUAAUUUAACUUUAUUUUGAAUGUAUAGUAUUAUUAAACAUGUGAGUAAUGGAUCGAUAAUAAAUUUAAUAAAAUCGAUAUCCACCCCUCUGAUGCGCCAGGCACAGAUCUGACUUGGUGUGAUAUUUCCACGGGAUCAAUGAGGUAUUCUCAGGUACUGAAUUUAUUUUAAUGUGGAUAAAAAAUAAAUAAAAAUGUCGAGAGGAUACUUAUUAUUUCCAUACACAACAGUGUACAUGUAGUUAAAAGGAUGCAGGCAACCUUGAGCAGCUAAUUUUUUUUUUUACUUCCGAUGCUACUCCAAGGUACUUUAUCAACUAGUUUCUGAAUGAAUGCAUACACUAGAAUCCCCCAUUUUGGUUACAACAAUUAAUGAAGAAAUAAGGCAUUUUAACCAGGCACGUAUCACUCGAGAUAAAUACAAUCAAAGCACCUGCAGCAUACUCGCUACAUGGGUGGCUCCAAGUAUAAAAGAAAAUACCAAUUUGUAAUUGGCUGAAACCCUAUGAUAAGUAAAGCUCCCAUUGGCCAAGAAUGAUGUAUGCUAGUAUGUCAUGUGCUAUGUAAUGAAGAGACACUGAAUAAGAUAAUUUUUGUUGGCUGACUGCCCGUAUAGGAGUGUCCAAGCUUGCUUUUUAGACGACUGUUGCCCACACGUACAGUUUCCUAAUUAGCUCUCUGACUUACCCAGGGAUAGGGGGUGUUGGGGGGAACAAUGGUAUAACACAUUUCUGGGAAAAUAUGGCUCUUGGCAGAUUAUGGUCCUGAACACCCCAUAUGCACUUGAGAAGUAACGAAGGGCAUAGUUUUUUCUUUCUUGGAAGUUACUCUCUUAAAUUAGUGAUGUUGAUAUUGGUACUUAUGUGUUUAUUAAAAUCAUACAUAAAUAAAUGGUUGUUUCACAUUAAUAUUAUGGUUGUUAUUAAUAUUGGCGGGAAAACCUUAUGUUAUAUAAAGUUUUAAGAUGAUUCUGAUCGUCAUUCAGGAACAUAGAGAAAUUACAGUUCAGGGCACUUUAGUGAUGUGAAAAGUAUAGGAUUUUAUACAACUUAUUGUAUAAAUAUUACCAGGAAUUAUGAAUUAAAAUUUGUUAUAGCAUUAUUUUCUUACCAGAGGCAACACAUUAUGGCCUUGAAACUAAGAAUGUUAAUCAUCUGGUUUGUAAUUUUGAUAGAAAAGUUGAAGUCAUCAAUAAUACAAUACAUUCAGCACCAGUUUGCAUCAUUUCUUUAAAAAGUUGUACACUUUGUUAUAUAGUUUAAAGUUCAGAUUGGAACUUGGCUGAAGAUGUGAUUCCUAUGGUGGAAGAGAAAUGGGCUUCUGAUUGCUAAACAGGAAGUGUGGAUGCCAAAAACCGAUUUGCCUACUUUUGCCAAAUAAGAUCAUUCCGUUUCCUUUCCAUUUUGUGUCAAGUAUCAGACCUUGUUAAUUGGUUUACAGCAAAACUUUUGAGUCAUUGCUGGUUUUGAGAGAAGGCAUGAUUGGAACAUGGCAUAAGAAAUUAUUAUUGUUAAGUGUCAAUGCUUCAUACCUACAGUUGUCAGUGUACGUAUUUUAAUGUGUCGAGAAUUAAUAUGGACUACUUUUUAGAGAUAGCCUUUAUAUUUUGAGUUCCUGAAACCGUUAGAGUACUUGUUUUUGGACUAGAUUUAAAGGUUUUUAUGUAUGUAUUUUUUAUUAUUAUUUGUCAUUUAUAAAUAGAAAAGGAAAGUUAUCUUCUAAACUCCAAAUGCAGAUAAUUAUUUAGGAAAUGUUGAGGAGGCUAGGAUGUAUAAUGGUCAAAGUUUCUUAAUCAUAAUCUGGAGUAGCAACAUAUGCAGACCUAUACUAGAUAAAAUAUACAAGCAUGUUAAGGUAGAUGAAAUUAAGAGUUGUUCCCAAGACAUUUUUGUGGCUCGGGUGUCCAUCUGUUUGCUUCGGACUAAGCUUACAGGAAUGUAUUUUGGCCCCACAAACAGCUGUAACCUUGUCUGCAUUUUAUAAAGAGGCAUUUCUAUUCAAAUCAGUACAUCAUUCACAUAGACUUAAAGGAUUAACCUCUGGCAUUAAGAGAAAUUUCUUUUGAGCACACACAAAUAAUGUAUUUUGUUAAUAUGGGAGCCAUGGAAGUAAACAGGACAUGGAUAGUAGUUCUCAAGUAAUGCUGUGAAAAUCUACUUAAACAUUGCAUGAAUCAAAAAGGGUAUGGUAUAAACAUUUAAAUCCUGUGCACGGGUUUAAGCUGAAGACCGUUGGAUGUCAGUGCUCUCGAGCAUUUUUAUGUGCCAAAGAUUUUCUUUUGUGAAAUAGGUGUACUCUUUGAUAUAGUUUUUUAUGACAAUAUAUUAGAAGUACAGUAUAGUGGAUUGGUCCUCAAAUACUUGGUCCAUGAGUUGCUCUAGACAUGUCAGGUGGUGUAUUGAGAUUAAUUAUUCAAUGUCAUGUUUUGUUAAUGGAAAAAUGGGUAUGUAUUGAACAUCAUACCAUUUCUUUAUUAUUGACCACUAAGAUAUUAGUUGAUAAAGCUUUUACUUUCAGCUGGAGUUAAUGGAUUGUUGUCCUCAAAAAAUGUCAUUCUCUUUUUCCUUGUACUGCAUGCUUGGAUGUGAACAUUCAACUUGUCUAGCUUAAACCCUGAUCAUAUUUCCUUUUGUAUUGAUGACAGUACAAUCAACUAACACUUCUGCACCUUGAAAUAUGUCAGGUCUAAUGGUAGUUGUCCCCAUAACUUGCCAAAUAAGUAGAUUGUUGUUCUUGGAUAAUUGAGGUUUUGGCCAAAUUCUUAAGAGACUUGUUACUUCAUAGACCUUUAUAUGUUUUAAGAUACCGAAGAGUUGACUCAUCGUUCAAGAAUUAUUUGUUAAUUACAUACAUGAUAAAUAUAAACAUCAUCACCAUAACUACUACAGUGAGUUCACUUAGGUGUAGUUGUCCCAACACAAUAGUGGUGAUACCCACCAUUAAUGAAGGGAGCCGCUCAUUAUUGCAUUUAUCAUGUUCAAAUAAUGUGCAUAGAAACACAAAUGCUGCAUUAUCCAUGGCUUAGCAAAUGGAAUUAUUGAAAAAUGUUGGUAGAUUUUUGCAUUUGUAAUUGAUCAGUGCAAAUGGUUAAAUAUGAUGAGUAUCAGGACCUGACAUUGAUACAUAUUAUCAAAGCUGUGGGUAAUCAUGGUGUUGUGUAAUCAUAAAAUUUUCUAACUUUAACAUUUUGAAUAUUUUAAGUUCCUCUUGUAGUUUCUAGGUCAUGUUGGCUUGUGUAUUCUAUAUGGGGCACAAAAUCAAUAUAACCAUAGUUUCAUUUCCUAAAUUCUUAUAUAUUCGAGCUCUCCUCAUCACAAGAUUAAAUAAAUGAAAACUUA